AUGCCCGAAUUCGAUCCUUUUUGUUUUGGGUUCUCCGGCAUCGUGCCCGGAUUCGAUCCUUUUUGCUUCGGGUUCUCCGGCAUCGUGCCCAAAUUCGAUCCCUCUUGUUUCGGGUUCUCCAGCAUCGUGCCUGGAUUUGAUCCCUCUUGUUUUGGGUUCUCCAACAUCGCAUCCGAAUUCGAUCCCUCUUGUUUAGGGUUCUCCGGCAUCAUGCCCGAAUUCGAUCCCUCUUGUUUCGGGUUCUCCGGCAUCGUGCCCAGAUUCGAUCCCUCUAGUUUUGGGUUCUCUGGCAUCAUGCCCGGAUUUGAUCCCUUCUAUUUUGGGUUCUCCGACAUCGUGUCCGGAUUCGAUCCUUUCUGUUAUGGGUUCUCCGGCAUCGUGCCCGAAUUCGAUCCCGUUGUUUUAGGUUCUCUGGUACUCGCUCGAAUUUGA